CGGCUAAUUAGAAGUGAGAUCUACUGCUAACAAAGAUAGGAUAGGCUAUGAAACCGAGAGAGGACGGCGAGAAACCCUAGUGAAUUCGCACAGUAUCAGUUUAGGUGUCUCUCUUCAUCAAAUUUCAAGUCAAGGUUUUGGCAAUGAUUCUAAAUGGAUGCACAAUGCUUUCUGGUGGUGUCCUUAUGAAUUCUAAAGCAUGUAAGCCAAAGCAUAGUAGCUCCAUUUUGGCAAGUGUGCCAUGUUUGCCCCCUCAUGCGACAACUUUAGGUUCCAGUAGUUCAUGGGGACCUUAUCAGUGGAAAUCCUGGUCUUCUGGAGGUGUUCCACUCUUGCACCUUUCUGCUGCAUCAAGCCCACUUUUAAGUGGGGAUCAAGGUAGUUUGUCAUGCACAAUCUCCUCCUUACCUAGGAGACGUAGAUCUCAUCUUUCACCUAGAGCUUCAAAGGAUGUUCCAUCCAGCUUCCGCUAUCCUCCUAUGACCAAGAAACCAAGGUGGUGGUGGAGGACUUUAGCAUGCAUCCCCUAUUUAAUGCCACUUCAUGAGACGUGGAUGUAUGCAGAGACUGCGUAUAACUUACACCCUUUUUUAGAAGAUUUUGAAAUGGUCACCUACCCAUUCCUUGAAGCCCUUGGCACAUUGCCAAGCUGGUUUUUGAUGGCAUACUUUUUUGUUGCAUAUCUUGGAGUGGUGAGGAGAAAAGAGUGGCCUCACUUUUUCAGAUUUCAUGUGGUAAUGGGCAUGCUAUUGGAGAUUGGCCUCCAGGUGAUAGGGACUGUGAGCCGGUGGAUGCCACUAGCAGUAUACUGGGGUAAAGUGGGAAUGCACUUUUGGACAAUUAUGGCAUUUGGAUUCCUUUUCACUGUUUUAGAGGCUAUACGGUGUGCUCUUGCUGGUAUGUAUGCUGACAUCCCUUUUGUGAGUGAUGCUGCAUAUAUCCAAAUUCCAUAUGAAUAGGGAGGUAGAUUUGGGAGAAUAUUUUUGUUUUUCAUUUUCUGGUGGUUCUAUUGUAUCGGGUCUUUUGAGCAGAAAUGUAUGAAUUAAUUUGAAAAUUGCCUUGUACAAAGGUUUUAAA